UCUCCCUCUAUCUUCCUAUCUCUCUCUCUCUCUCCCUCACUCUCUUUCUGUGCUACCCUCUAGUUGCAUGGAGUUCAAAUCAUUUCUGUGGGUUUCUGUUUCUAUCUGAUUAGCGGUCAGUUGGCUUUAUAUACAUACUUAUGCAUAUAGAGAUAUACAUAAAUGUGAGUGCAUGUAUGUGUGUGUGCCUGCAUAAAAAGCAUUUCACACAUUCGAGUUAUAGCAGCCGCGGCGACGAAGCCACGGGGCGUAGUCGGUCAAUUUUCAAUUGUUGCCAAAGAGUUUUUCCUCUGAGUCAGUUGUUUUCUAUAAAGUAGACACACUGACACGCAGACACACACACACACACUUACUUCUAGGGGCACACUCUUAUUCUCACUCUUACUCUCACUCUCACUCUCACUCUCAUUCCCAAAGCCCUACCUCCUACCUCCCCCCGCUCUCGUUUCGCCACUGGCCCAUUCAAUGCGCUCUACUCAAUGAACCCAGAGGCCGGUGGCCUCUAAUGUGCUCGCGCCCAGCCAACGCCCCUUAGCCAACACUCCCGCCAGUCCCUGCUCCCCCUCCUCCUCCUGCUCCAGCUGCGCCGAGACUAUUUCUUUUUGUUUGCUUCAUUAAUUAAUUAAGAUGACGCUGGCAACGGCGUCGAGAAGAGACCAUUAUCUAAUAUAUACAUAUGCACACAUGUGUAUGUGUAUGUGUAUAUAUGGAUAUAUAUCUGUGCAUGUAUGUGUGUGUACGCAGUUUCCCAAAAUCGAAUCGAGUGGGUGCUCAAGGGAAUUAGCCGAGGAGCAGCGGCUGGGGGUCAUGCUUGGGGUGCAGUUAGCUAGAAAAUUGGCCUAGUCAAUCGUUGGAUUUAGAUAUAUGUAUAUGUAUAUGUAUAUGUAUAUAUUUAUAUAUAAGUAUAGCAGGGCAUCAGCCCUGUACUCCAUGCUGUAUAUUCGAUUCUACACAGAUAAACACACAUAUAUGUAUAUAUCUAUAUAUAGUAGUAUGUAUAGUAUGUAGAGUUAGUCUAUAUAGUUUGUAAGUCUUGCUAAUACAUUGCUCUAUAUUCUAUAUUGACAUAGAGCAGAUACCCUGUAAAUUAAUUCUAGUUCUAUCUCAUCUAUUCCUAUUCUAAGUGUAUAUGAAAAAUGUUAAAAUUAUUAUUUGAGAGUUUUUAGAGUAGAGUUAAACAUAAACCAAAUUAUAGUCAAAACAAUACCUGAAAACUCUAAAAUGAAGUUAUAGAUAGAUGGUAUGGAGUUGUUAUUGGCGUUGCUAUAUGACUGAUCCAUAUCCAUUCAGCUCGAUCCAAUGUAUUAUCUCUGGUAAGAAGCUUUCGUUGAUGAGGAGGAAUAUCUGCUCCACAUCAAUGAAAGCUUCUUCUGAGAGACCCUGUAUACUCAACUAGACGUUACGUAAUAGACUCUCUUACCAUAAAUUGGCUGCACAAUACUCACUUGAGCUAUGCAAGUCAAUUUUAGUCUACUUUAAGAAAUACUAAUCGUGCUUUAUUUAUAACCAAUCUAGACUCUAUAUAUAUAUCUAUAUUUGAUUACAUAAUCUCAUAUUUCAUUUCCUUUAAGAUAUGCUCGAUCUUUCAUAUUCUCUAUCCAAUUUCUUUCAUUCCAGUCAGCAUUCAAUGCAUUCUCCACUGGAAUACCCUAUAAACUAAAUGUGUAUAAAUACUGACCAAAUUUAUGCUCGAUCGUAGGUGGCAACAGCUAGUCGAUGCGCUUGUCCAUUCCCCCGAACUCGAAAGAAACGGAAAACGAAAAAGUUCUAUUUGGAAAUGUGAUGAGAGAAGAAACCUCAAGAGUUACAAAUUCGGUUUUGUGUUUGUGUAUGGGGUCUAUGAUUUUGAAAUGAUAGACGAAUGUGUUGCAGCCCUGGUUUGUGUAUGCUCUAGUUGAAAAUAUCGAAAAAGAAACAAUGCAACAAAAAGUUUUUGUAGAAAAGGCCAAAAUAUAAGAACAAUGUAAACAAAGCGCUCGCUCCGCUCAUUUCAAAUUACCCGAUGAUGAAGUCAAUUGUUGUAUACAAUAAAAUUUGGUUGUUGUUUUCCUGCUAGCAAGUUUUCGUUAUUGGUUUGUACCCAAAAAAUACCCUGUAGAUUCAUUAUUGGAACUAUGUAUAUAAAUGGUUGUGAUAAUUGUAAGAAAUCGUCUACUAUAUGAGGAAAGAGGUGUUAGGCUGGAGGGUUAAGUGCAGUAGGGUUUCUGGGUCUAGAGUAGAAAAUAUAUCAAUAUAUAACUUUCGAAUCAAGAAUAUUCCCAUAGAAAUGCAAUCAAUAAUUUGUGUAACCAGUUUGAUGAGUACUUGAAAACGGAAAUACAAAUAGAUAAACCAAAGAACUCGCUAAGAAUUUAAGGGAAACAAUUUUCUUAUGUUAUUGAAUAGGGCUAAAAGAAAGAGAAUUGAAAGUCGAUAGUGUAAAAUGUGAAAUAGGUUUGAGGAUUUAUACAUUAAUAAUAUAAUAGAUUAUUAUAUAAAUAAUCUUGAUGUUCAUUGUAGGAAAUAUCAACAUAAAAAGAUUUAAUGGUGUUGGCUCAGAGAAUUAAAAAAGCUAGAGUUCGAUAAUUGACUAUAUGGAAUCUCUAGCUCAGAGGAGCUCCACUGCAUCAAAGCGUCAGGGCUACUACUCAACAUAUAGUCUGACCCAAACAAAAGCUUAUUUCGAUAUACAUAGGAACCAAGCAUACACGCACGGUAUUUAAUGGUCGUGUAUGCCCCAUGCAGCUCUCAUGGAAUACAAUUCAUUGUUGUUGCUGUCGUUGUUGUUGUUGUUGUUGUUGUUGCUGUGUUUUGUUAAUUUCUUUGCUGGAUGCUUUGCUAUUUGGGCUAGUGUCGAUGUAUAGAAUUUAGUUUAGUACAAAAAUCGGCGCAGGAACGAUCGCGUCAUAGUUUUAAACGCCGCAUUCCUUGGCUGCAAACACCGUAGACAAACACCCGACGCAGACACAGACAGAGGCACAGCCACAGACACAGACACAGACACCGACACACUUAAGCAUAUGUAUAGAUAUAUACAUAUAUGUAUAUAGAGUCAUAUAUGUAUAUAAUAUACCCCGCUAAGCCCGGUGGGACCCACAGUUAAGUUGGCUCCAGUUUACAUAGCUUCACAUGAUUCACCAGCAUUGGAAUGGUCAGUCCGAGCUGCUCGGCAGCAGUCAGCCAAUGGGAUGGGGCUUGGCAUUGGGAUCGGGAUCGGGAUCGGGAUCGGUAUCGAGAUCGGGACUGGAACUGAGUCGUAACGCGUUGCCAGGCAAUCGAUCGAGCGUGCUGGAGAACGAACUGUUCCAGGGCUACUCGGAUGAGCUGCUGACCUUCGCCUGGAUCGCCUGCAUUGUGUUCAUCAUUGUGGGCGUGCCGGGCAAUCUGCUGACCAUUGUGGCCCUGUCGCGGGGCAGACAGACACGCAACUCGACGGCGAUCUUCAUCAUCAAUUUAUCGUGCUCGGAUCUGCUCUUUGGCUGCUUCAAUCUGCCGCUGGCCGCGUCCACGUUCAAGGAGCGCGCAUGGACCCACAGCGAUCUGCUCUGCCGCCUGUUCCCGAUGCUGCGCUAUGGCCUGCUGGCCGUCUCGCUGCUCUCCGUCUCGCUGAUCACGAUCAAUCGGUAUAUUAUCAUCGCCCAUCCGCGGCAGUAUCCCCGCAUCUAUCAGCGACGCUAUCUGGCGCUGAUGGUGGCGGGCACCUGGCUGGUGACGUUCUCGAUCAUGAUACCGACGUGGCGCGGCGUCUGGGGCCGCUUCGGGCUGGACACGAGCAUCGGCUCCUGCUCGAUACUGCACGACAAGUACGAUCGCUCGCCCAAGGAGUUCCUCUUCAUAGCCGCCUUCAUGCUGCCCUGCGUCUGCAUUGUCAUCUGCUAUGCGCGCAUCUUUGUGCUCGUUCGUCGGGCGGCACGGCGGGCGGGCGCCAAGACCUCCGAGAUGGCCAUUACGCCGCCCAUUCAAACACCCACCGCCGACAAGGCCAAGGACAAUGCCAAGGACAAGCCCAAGGACAAGGACAAGGACAAGGACAAGAACAAGGACAAGGGCAAAGAACUGGACAAAGAGCGCAAACCCAGCACGGACGACGACUCUGGCCAAGUGCAUCCGUUUGUGGUCAGCGAGUACCUGGCCUAUAUCGAUGACAAUGCCUCCUCGGAGAGUUUCCCCAUCUCGUACAGCGUCAAGCAGGAGACACCCAUCGAUGCCAACGUGGUGCUGCAGGAGAACAACCUAGCCAACAGCAAGCCCGCCACGCCAGGAUCAACGCCAGCUGCGGCCACACCGACUGGCGAUACGAGCAUCCAUAGAUCGCUGACACAGCUGGAGCAAAGCCGCAAUUCAAAGAAUCCCAUCACCACCUCGCUGCGCACCUCGUUUACGCGUUUCAGCCCACGCAAAUCGCAUUAUGUGUCGAUGGGGAAUACUUCGAAUGCCUCGUCCAUCUAUGCGGGCCGGAUGAGUGUGAAGGAUCGUCGAUUGCUGAAGAUGAUAUUGGUGAUAUUCGUGUGGUUCCUCAUCUGCUAUCUGCCCAUAACGCUGUCCAAGAUCAGUAAGAGUAUCAACGAUGUGCACAUCUUCAAUAUAAUGGGCUAUCUGCUGAUCUAUCUGACCACCUGCAUCAAUCCGCUGAUCUAUGUGCUGAUGAGCUCCGAGUACAGGCGCGCCUACUGGAACCUGCUGCGCUGCCAUCAGUCCGAGCAGCAGCAGCAGCAGCAGCGGGCCCUCAAGAAGCACAUCGAGUCGAAUCGGGCGCUCAAAACGUGAUCCGUAUGGAUCUGAAGUGGAGCCGCAGCCGAGUUCCGUCCCAAUCCAAUCGAUGCCCAUCGAUGCAGCCUAGCGCCAAUCGCCAGAUAGAAAAGGUUUUUCGGUAAAGCUAAAGAUAUAUAUCACAUCGGAUAUCAUCCUAUAUUCAAUAGCUGUACUAUAUGAUUGGAUUUAGCUGGAAAUAAUGUAAGAUCCGGGUAUGCCUCUCUAUGGUAUGCCUCCAUAGUGACCAUUUAUCCACCAUCAUUUAUAACAACAAACAAUAAGAAAACGCGAUUAUCUAAUGCAAUGAAUGUAAAGCCAUAUCCUUUAUCUGUCCGAAAUAUCCGUUAUAUAUGCAUAUGUAUAUGUAUGUAGUAUUAUAUAUGAAAUUGAAUGAUAUACAGAUGGAUCAUAUAUCACUAAACUCGAUCGAUUAUUAUUAUCAGAUUAUGUUUGCAUGAUUUGAACUUGAUUAUAUAUGUACUAUAUUGCAUUUCCGGUUCCAGUUCCCGUUCCCCCUCUCCCAUUCCCGACGCCUGCCAUCAAAACAAGAAUCGAUCAAGUCGGCGCGUGUAAUCGAUAAAAAGUGUAUUGUAUUUCAUACCAAAUGACUUUUUAAUAUCUGGUUGACAUUUUUGAAUUCCAUGUUUAAGAACAAUCGAUGUUUUAUUUAUUUGCUUGCCGCUAAUUAUUGUACCAAUUCAUAUAUAUAUAGAUAUACGUAACUAUAGACAUA